AUGUUCAAAGGGCACCUAGUUUGCCGUCUAAAGCACCAAAAGAACUCAAAAGAGCUGGAUGAGAACAAGAGCCAGAAGGGGCUGUUUCAUUUUUUGCCUAACAGAUUUUUGUCUAUUUUCUCUAUUUUGUUAGAGAGAUUGUCAGUGAAGAACGAGCUAUAUUUAAGCGACCAAAAGCAAUGCGAGGAGGAAUCCCCAUUUGUUUCCCGCAGUGGAUCACUGGAGCAACAUGGGUUUGCAAGGAACAAGAUUUGGACCAUUGAUGAUGAUUCUCCACCUCUUCAUCCUGCUGAGUACAUUGGCAAAUCUUCUCUAGACUUGCUACUGAAACCAUCUGAAGAGGAUCUGAAGUGUUGGCCCCACUGUUUUGAGUUCCGUCUUAGAGUGGCUCUUGCGUUGAAUGGAGAUCUCACCAUGAUAUCGCGGAUUAGGAACCUCGACAGCAAGCCAUUUAGUUUCUCCUUUGCUUUCCACACAUUUUUCUCUAUUUCUUUCAUCAGGUAUGGAAAAAUCUCUAUUGGAUUAGAAUCGACAUCCCUGUAUUGGAUAGGACCAUAAAACUCAUCUUCAUUUAAUCCACUAAUUGAAUUAUCAUUUGAUAUUUUUGUCUUGUUGUUCAAACUUAGUGUUCAAAUUCAGAAUUGAAUUUUUUAUAUGAAGCUUCUUAAGCUCA